AUGGGUAUAGAUUUAUCAUCAUCAUCAUCAUCAUCAUCAUCAUCAUCAUCAUCAUCAUCAUCAUCAUCAUCAUCAUCAUCAUCAUCAUCAUCAUCAUCAUCAUCAUCAUCAUCAUCAUCAUCAUCAUCAUCAUCAUCAUCAUCAUCAUCAUCAUCAUCAUCAUCAUCAUCAUCAUCAUCAUCAUCAUCAUCAUCAUCAUCAUCAUCAUCAUCAUCAUCAUCAUCAUCAUCAUCAUCAUCAUCAUCAUCAUCAUCAUCAUCAUCAUCAUCAUCAUCAUCAUCAUCAUCAUCAUCAUCAUCAUCAUCAUCAUCAUCAUCAUCAUCAUCAUCAUCAUCAUCAUCAUCAUCAUCAUCAUCAUCAUCAUCAUCAUCAUCAUCAUCAUCAUCAUCAUCAUCAUCAUCAUCAUCAUCAUCAUCAUCAUCAUCAUCAUCAUCAUCAUCAUCAUCAUCAUCAUCAUCAUCAUCAUCAUCAUCAUCAUCAUCAUCAUCAUCAUCAUCAUCAUCAUCAUCAUCAUCAUCAUCAUCAUCAUCAUCAUCAUCAUCAUCAUCAUCAUCAUCAUCAUCAUCAUCAUCAUCAUCAUCAUCAUCAUCAUCAUCAUCAUCAUCAUCAUCAUCAUCAUCAUCAUCAUCAUCAUCAUCAUCAUCAUCAUCAUCAUCAUCAUCAUCAUCAUCAUCAUCAUCAUCAUCAUCAUCAUCAUCAUCAUCAUCAUCAUCAUCAUCAUCAUCAUCAUCAUCAUCAUCAUCAUCAUCAUCAUCAUCAUCAUCAUCAUCAUCAUCAUCAUCAUCAUCAUCAUCAUCAUCAUCAUCAUCAUCAUCAUCAUUCAAGCACUAA